GGGAGAUUCUGUGCCGGCUCCACCAUGGGCUGCACAUUGAGUGCCGAGGAUAAGGCGGCUGCCGAGAGAAGUAAAAUGAUCGACCGGAACCUUCGGGAGGACGGGGAGAAGGCAUCCAAGGAGGUGAAACUGCUGCUGCUCGGUGCUGGUGAAUCUGGGAAAAGCACUAUUGUGAAGCAAAUGAAAAUUAUACAUGAGGAUGGAUACUCGGAGGAAGAAUGCCGGCAGUACAAAGUGGUCGUAUACAGUAACACUAUUCAGUCAAUCAUCGCUAUAAUCCGAGCUAUGGGAAGGCUCAGGAUUGAUUUUGGAGAUGUGGCUAGAGCUGAUGAUGCUCGGCAGCUUUUUGUGUUGGCCAGUAGUGCUGAGGAGGGAGUUAUGUCUCCAGAACUUGCAGGUGUAAUUCAGAGGCUGUGGGAAGAUCCUGGAGUGCAGGCAUGUUUCAGCCGCUCUCGUGAAUACCAACUUAAUGACUCUGCUUCAUACUAUCUGAAUGACAUUGAAAGAAUUGCGCAAGUCAACUACAUUCCUACUCAGCAGGAUGUGCUUCGAACACGAGUCAAGACUACGGGAAUUGUAGAGACUCAUUUUACUUUCAAGGACCUGUAUUUCAAAAUGUUUGAUGUGGGUGGUCAGAGGUCAGAAAGGAAGAAAUGGAUCCAUUGUUUUGAGGGAGUUACUGCAAUCAUUUUCUGUGUGGCACUCAGUGAUUAUGACUUGCUGCUGGCUGAAGAUGAGGAAAUGAAUCGAAUGCACGAAAGCAUGAAAUUGUUUGAUAGCAUCUGCAACAACAAAUGGUUCAUAGACACAUCAAUAAUCCUCUUCCUUAACAAAAAGGACCUGUUUGAAGAAAAGAUCUCCAGGAGCCCCCUUACUAUUUGCUACCCAGAAUACUCAGGGUCUAACACCUAUGAGGAAGCUGCAGCCUACAUUCAGUGCCAAUUUGAGGACCUGAACCGGAGGAAAGACACAAAGGAGAUAUACACACAUUUCACAUGUGCCACCGAUACCAAGAACGUUCAGUUUGUGUUUGAUGCAGUCACAGAUGUCAUAAUUAAAAGCAAUCUAAUGGAGUGUGGCCUGUAUUAGUCUGGAGAUGCUGCAGGGGAGGCUGCAUUGUCUCAGUUUGAUUUCUGGACCUGUUUGCUUGAGUGAAGAGGAAUCACUGCAGUGCAAGCACAAAAUAUCCCUGUUUUGAUUUUCAUUGGGAAUCCUGUCUUGCACAUCCAGCUACCCUAAGGUGACUGACCCUGAGCUGUGAGCCCCUCCUUUUCUAUGACAUUACCACUAUUUCCGCAAACCAAGCAUAUCUCCCACCUUAUGAAAUGGACUGUUUUUGAACCUCCAUACAUGCAGCAUCAAUUCUUCCCACCUGUACUUGCUGCAUCAGAAAAAACAUUGCAUCUUUUCUUAGGACCCUUCUGUUUUUAACAUAGGCCGCAGCCAGACUGUUUCUUCUUCUUUUCUCUGCGGCCAGGAUUUGUCCUUGAGCUAUGCACUGCUCAGUGAUCACAGCACCCAUACGGAUACUGGACUUUAUAACUGUUUCUUGCACUCACCAUGAUUAGUUACCCUGCUUUGUGCCAUUGUUUUAUACUAAAACUUCUCCUCAAAAUGGAGGAGCAACUUUCAUUCACAAUAAGCCACGACUGGUUGGCGACUGUUACAUUAAUUUCAUUCUCUUGUUUACUAUUGUGCCUCAGCAUCUAUCUGCUUGUAUCUUGCAUCCUGAAUUUGCUUCAGUCCUUUGCUGCCUCCCUCUCAGUGUACUGCUCUAUCACUUGGCUGCUUCUUCAGCCAUCACUCUUACUAACACAUCUGAAAUCUCUGCCCUGUUUUUGCAGUGGGCACUUCCUUCUUGCUCCUGUGAAUGCUUUCUUGUCUUGUGCCAAACUCCCAUGUGAUUGGAGUUUUUGUUUUUUAGUUUUUACGUUUUUUACAUUCCUUAUUGUGUGCAUCGGGCACACAUAUUUAGUAAUAUUGGUUCCCACAUGGCAUUCAUUAAUCAUUCCUCAGCCAUUCAUUCAAAUCAGUGCUACUUUUUACACUCGCACUCCUGUACAUUGCUCUGCACUCCAACACUGUCUUGUACACAGUAUUAAAAUGGUGAGACAUGCA